AUGGACAUAUGGAGAAUGAGCAACAACGUAACCUACGUAUGGAAAGCCGCCGACAAGGUCCACGCCCUCGAGGCAAUACGCGACAACCCCACCUACCGGCAGCACUUCUUCCCCUCAGCCGCGAGCGGCACGCGCCUCAAGCACAAGUGGAAAUCGGAACGCGAUCUGUGUCUCGACAUCCUCCGCAACGAGGUCAUGUGGAUGGCGGCCGCGAAGCGCGCAAAGCUCGUCACUAAGGAGAAGGACACGCCGGACGGGCCGGUGUGGAAGGCGACGCCGAAGUGGACGAGCGCCGUGUCCAACCCCGUCCGUAAUCUCGUCUCUACGCGCCAGAUGACGCCAGACGACAGCGGGAAGAACUACUUCGAGAAGGCCGGCGCCAAGCGCAGCUGGAAGUCGAAGCGGGACGUCCCCAAGUCCAUGAAGGCCUUCCUCGACUUAUACCCAUUCUACUUUAUCCUGCUCGACCUCAUGCGCGGGGAAGCUCGCCCGGUCCUCCCGCCUCCUCGGGCACCGACAGUCGAGCCGCCGUCCAGGCGCCGCGUUAACCCCCGCCUCCAGAAUAUGACCCGCCGUGACGGUGCACGAGGCCAUGAGUCGUCACCCGAGCUCGUUGAGUCCGACUCCGACUCCGGGUCGUUUUCCUCGCCCCCGCCGUCACGCCCAUCCACCCGUCUCCCUCCUUCUAAUGAAUCAGAGUCGUCCUCGUCGGAAGAGGAAGACGAGUUACACUCCGACUCCACAGCACCCAAGCGCGAGCCGUCAUCCUCACCCGCCCUCACCUCCACCCCGACAAUGGACCACCCGUCCAAGGAGGCUUUUACAAAGUCCUUGUCAUAUGUCGACGAUCAACUGCGCCGCUCGAGCUUAGGACCAAAGAGUUAUGGGCGCUCGCCAUCCACGUCGAGCGCCAGCGAGUCGUCUGCUGCCGAGGAUCCUGCGCCUCCGCGUCGAUUAUGGCCGGAGGGGCCGAAGCCGCUCGAUGUCAAGCCCGGCAUUGACAUCUUUUCUCCUUCAAGACCGGCCAGGGUCGACAAGCUUCCUCCUACGGUAGUGCCUGUCCCGAGCCGGAAGCGCGCACGAUCGCCUUCCACGUCGAGUGCUAGCACGUCGUCAUCUUCGAGCGACGAGCCCGCUCCGCCUCCGCGUCCUAGGUGGUCGGCGCCGCUCGACUUCAGUCGUGAGCCGCCACCCUCGUCUCCUGCGGUGAAACAGGAGACUGUCUCGAUCUACACCAUCUCGAGCAGCUCAUCUGACUCUUCGGACGACAUCGACGAUACCAGCCAACCCGUCCGCAUCACGAAGGCUCCCCAAGGCUCCUCGAACCGACGUGUCUCUGUCGACAUGGACAUGUAUUCGUCGGAUCAUGCCCGCUCCACCCGCAAAGCCCGCCCUCGCUCAUUCAGCCCGACGAGCUCCUUUAUCGACUUUGACCCGCCGAGCGAACCCGAGCCCGAGCCAGUCCAUCAACGCUUCGACGAGAGCUCGGAGGUUCAACCUAAACCGAAGCGCCCCCGAACCAGGAAGAAGGCCAAACAAACGGUAACCAUCCCAAAUGACGCCGCCAACCCCAUCUCCCUCAAAUGGUUCUCGCCCACCAUCACGCUCAAGAACUACUGGCCAGUCGUCACCUGGCUCAUGGAAGCCGAGCCGACUCUCAAGAAGCCCCUGCUCGCGGCCAGACGCGCCAAGAUGGCGGGCUCUCGCCGGCUCAACGAGCUCCUCAAAGCUUAUGAAGACCUGCUUGAUCCUCGCGGUACCAAGCACCGCGUCUGGGCCGAAGGGGUUCUUCGCAGGGCGUGUACGAGCAAGUUCAUGCAGGGGUCACAGGUGUACUCUCCGAUCGAGGGUCAGCUGACGCGGCGUCUCCUCCUUCUGGGCGAGUCUGCAGGCAUGACCCGCCUGAGCGAGAAGCAGUUCCAGAGCCAGCUGGGCAAGGACAACCGCCUCAUCCUACUAAAGGCCGCGCCGGAGCACGACCCUCUCCUCAAGCACAAGGUCCUCGAUGCUCGUGGGAACGUCAAGUACUGGGAGAUGUCGCCCCUGUCGUUCAUGUUGGUCAUUGAGACCAACUUUUUGUGUCUGGUGAACAAGCUGCGCGCCGAAGGCGUGUAG